CCUUGGACUUACUUGCCAUGCCCAAGUCUUCGAGUAACGCUGCCGCUUCUUCUUCGCUUUGCUUCUGCCAUCUCUCUCGCCCGGCUUUGCAACUCCGUUUGCUUCGAAGCUUGCCUCAGCUCGUCGUGUGGAUUUCUCUCGAGUAGUUCCGAGAGCGUCAGUUCCUUCUAUAGCGGUAGAACCAGAUGUUCUUUUGGCAACAGCACGCGAAACAAUCGGGGCGUGUCUGAGGGCAGUUAACGGCGGAUAGGGAUGCAAAGGAAUAUGUUGCAGAAUGUGGGAGGGAGAUUUGGCGGCGAUUUAGGGUGGUGCUCGUGGCUGUGUGUUUGUUGUACUUGUCUUUGGCAUAGCUUGGCAUGGUAAACAGCGUCGAUGGACGCUCAAAUUUGGUGCGGAAGAGCAGCGAGGGUUUGAAAGGAAGUGAAUCUUGGGGCUGGAUUCGGAUCACCUAUUAUGGUGCAGCGUCGGAGCUAUAGCAUACGCUCAAUGCUGUGAAAUUUGUUGCUGGUUGUAGUUAUAAGGUUGAGACAGUGGUGCGCGCAUAUUUGUGAACAAAAGCGUGGAUACUGCUCUAGCUUUUGGAUUUCGCUUACACCAGUGCAGAUACCAGAGGCGUGUGUGCGUGUGGCACGCCUAAAUAUGUCACAUCGAAGGUUCUAAAGGCUUGAUGCCGAUGCAGAUCUCUGGAAAGGACAGCACCGCGUACGGGCACCGAAUCCCUUAUUCUUUUCUCACAAGUUGAUUUUGCGGGCCAUCGGAGCUUGAAGCAGGAGCAUAUUGUGUUGGAAGAUUGGAAAACCCUAGAGGGUUGCAGUUUGAUGAGCGGAGAACGAGGGUGACCCACUUUUGAAAAUGUUUCUGCAGAAAUUCGUCGGGGUUAUUUACUCCCGGACAUGAUGGUUCGUUGUGGGAGAUCGUGAUCGAGUUUUGGUUGUCGUGGUUGGGGAGUUUGUGAUUGCGCGUGAAGUGUGAAGGUAGCGGUGCGGAGAGGAUAGUAGGGUGGAGGUGCUUGCAAUGAGGCAUGGAUGGUGGCCAACGGGUGUUUGACGGCGCGUGGUCUGCGUGGAUGGCUGAGGGUGUGGGUGAUUCUGGUGAAGAGAGCGUUGGAGGGAAUCUGGUGUGAGGUGAGGUGGUCGGGAGGGCGGUUGCGGAGGUGGAGCAUGUCGGGGCAGAGGGGGGGUGGGUCGUCAAUGAUGCCGCUGAAGAGCCUGAUACGGGAGUUUCAGGAGAUGAAGGGCGGGAUAGGGAACAUAUCGCGGCGGAGUUUCGAGCUGAAGUUUCCGCACCACCACAAGGGGAGGUCGAGUGGGAUGGUGCUGGACGAGUCGCAGCUGCGGGCGGAGCCAGUGGUGGAGCAGAGCUGCUGGGCGAACAUGCCGCCGGAGCUGCUGCGGGAUGUGAUACAGAGAGUGGAGGCGAGCGAGAACGCGUGGCCGAGCCGGAAGCACGUGGUGGCGUGCGCAGCGGUGUGCAGCUCGUGGAGGGAGAUAACGAAGGAGCUGGUGCGGACGCCGGAACAGUCAGGGCGGUUGACAUUUCCGAUCGCGUUGAAGCAGCCCGGGCCUCGAGAAAACACUGUACAAUGCUUCAUAAAGCGGGACAGGACUACUUCCACGUACCAGCUUUUUCUUGGUCUUCCUCCCUCUCUUGUGGAAAAUGGAAAAUUUCUACUAGCGGCUCGAAAGUUUCGAAGGGCUACCAGUACUGAUUAUAUAAUUUCACUCAAUCAAGAAAAUAUGUCUAGAGGAAGUAACACAUAUGUUGGGAAACUCAGAUCGAAUUUCCUGGGCACGAAAUUCACAAUCUACGACAGUCAGCCUCCCCACAGUGGUGUGGUAGCGUCCAACCGUGGCACUCGGCGUAUGGGAUCGAAGCAGCUGACAUCACGCGUACAUUGUGGGAGCUACAACGUAGCGCACAUAGCCUACGAGUUGAAUGUGCUGGGCACGCGAGGCCCGAGACGGAUGCAGUGUACGAUGCACUCAAUACCAGCGUCGGCGAUGGCGUCCGGAGGCAGCGCCCCGACACCAACAGAGUUCACGUCAUGCGGGUUGGAGGAGGCGCACGUUCCGUACUCGAGCAUACUUCUGUCUCCGCGGUCGAAAGCGGCGGUGGUGGACAGCAGCGCGUUGGAAAGCAGCGAGCUGGUAUCGGGAGUGCUGUGCAAGGAGGAGCCGUUGGUGUUGAAGAACAAGGCACCGCGAUGGCACGAGCAGCUGCAGUGCUGGUGCUUGAACUUUCGGGGAAGGGUGACGGUGGCGUCUGUGAAGAACUUCCAGCUGGUGGCUGCGACGACAUCGUCGACGACGACGAGUACGACGGCGGGUGAGGCGGCAGCAGCAACGGGAGGUGGAGGUGGAGCAGGUGCAGCGACACCAGCACCGACGAGUUCGGGAUCGGACCACGACAAGGUGCUGCUGCAGUUCGGGAAGAUCGGGAAGGACAUGUUUACGAUGGAUUACCGGUACCCUUUGAGCGCUUUUCAGGCGUUUGCAAUCUGUCUGAGCAGCUUUGAUACGAAGUUGGCUUGUGAAUAGGGUUUUGUGGGGUGAGAGGGAAGGGUGAUGCUAUCAGUCUUUCCUUGAUGCUUAGCUCAUUUUUUCUGAAAGAUUGUGUAGUUGCCACAUGUGUCAUUUGGUAGGUUUUCUUAUUCUUGGAACACCAUUUUGUUAGCCUCCAUUUUGCUAUUUUUCAGCUGGCAGGUUUUGACACGACGAUGGUUCCUUAAAAAAGGAUGUUUGGCAUCGUAGGACGCAGUCUGUGACUGCUUAGCUCUGAUCAUGGAGUCAAUCUUUACUGGCUCAUUCAGUAGCGUCUUGAAAUUUAGCGUUUUAGUCCUAAUUCCACUCCUGGUUAGUUAAGGGUCAUGUACCUUUUAGGUAGGUCUUCCAGGUAAACAGCUUGUCGCUUUCAGCUGUCUGAACUGUAAAUAUGUCAAAAUUCUUGUGUUAAGUUUCUUGAAAUUAUCCUCUUUUAGUUCA